UUCUCACUUUCGUCAUAACCUCAAAUUGUCAUCAUGCCUUAUCAAAAUUUUUUCUAAAUUAAUUAGUAUUUAAAUUCUAUUAAAGUUACUUAAUUUAUUACCAAAAUGUCUCAAGUAGUAACGUGUUUAAAGGAUAUAGCGACACCAAAAGGAGCUUAUUUAAGUGCCCAGUAUAAAAAGAGUUUUGCUUAUCACACGUUACAAGAAAGGGCUCCUAUUAUUUUAACAAAUUUUUUGGAUCAUUUAGUCAUAGACAGGUGUGAAAUUAUCGAGCAAUAUGAAGGAGAUUCCGCAGAAGAAAUUAAACAAAUCAUAGGACACAUUUCAAAACUCAAAAACGAAUUGCAAACUAACAAAAAACUACAACCCAUUAAAGGACAUGGUUCCGAUGUAAAAACAUGGAACAACUUCCUAGAAUCCUUCACCGAGUCCCAAGACUUCUACACAACGGUGUUCCUGUACGCAGAAUGUUACCUUUACAGAAGAAUACAAGAAGCAUUCGAUUUAACGUUAGUGCUAACUGUAAUAAACAUAAGUGUUAAAACACUAUCAUGA